CUGCAUAUAGAAGUUACGGGGCAGUGAAUAAUCAUGAAAAAAGAACAGAGAGCCCAAACUCAUCUGCAAAAACCCGUUUGCUUAAGCUGCAUGCUUUUCUGUCACCAUGAAGCAGCUCCAACUCCUUCCAUCAGCACCACUUUUUUCAUAAGGGGGACUUCAAAAUUUCAUUUAUUUCUCUGCCUCUUUUAUUCAUCUCUGUUACUCUUGUUUGCCUGAGAAUAUUCACCUUUCUUCACCUUUGUGAUUUGCUGAGAGUGGCAUCACCAUUCGCCUUUCGUCUGCCUUUGAUCAGGUAGAGAUUUCUGAGCAGCAACGUACCUUCCCUACAUUAGGUGGUUUUAAUACCAAAGGAGCUGCAGGGAAGCACUUGAUUUUAUCAACCCCGAUAGCUCUGUGAGUAGAGCCCCCCUUCUCCAUGUUCAGCCCUAGCACUUGCUGAGAACUUCAAACAGUCACCAUCAUGUCCCAACUCUGUUAGACUAGCCAAGGAUGAGCUCUCGAGACAAGCCGUCAAGCCAACACCAAGUUGGUGGAGGGGGUCGCUCUGGAAAUUCCAUAGCCUCUGGGCAGCAAGUAAAUCCUGGUGCUACAACUUAUUCUCUCGUGGAUGUGGGUAACCAUGGGGGUGCUCCAGGACGACAGAGCAAUACUUCAUCCCAGCACAGUCUGAAAGAUCACAAUACCCCGUCUAUGGAUGAAUUCUUGAUGGUGCAGGAGCCGCGAAUGAACGGCCUUCUUCAACAUUCCGCACAACAGAUAGAGGUGCAGCGGUCCACCCUUCAACAAGUGGCGAACCAUCUCUCUGCCACUGCUACCAACAUUGGGCACAGCAUAGCCCAGUGGAUUGGACAUCCAGCCUCAGAGCAAGCAGCCAACCUUUAUCACCAACUUGAAAAGUCUCACAGUCGAUAUGUUGAUGUUGAUACCAAGUACCGACAACUGAAGGAUGAGUACCAGGCCCUAGAGAAGCGGCUGCAAGAGUCCAACACCAAGCUUGAGAAUGCUAUAAAGGAGCGGGAUGAGCAGCGACGACUCGCCGAGAUCGCCAACUGGACGGGUGCAACCAAGGUAUCGGAUGACGCUAUCCAGAGCAAGUGGAAGCAGCUUGAAUACAACAUUCGAGCCAUGGGGAGAUCUUUGGCCAAGUGUCAAACUCGUCGCACCUCGAACGUUGCCAUUAAAGACCGACUGUCCAUGGCCGCGCCACGCUGGCCCAAGUUGUCGUUCGAUGAUAACCACACAGAGUUCGUUAUCAGCGCUUAUAUCUGGAUCAUUGUCCAAGAGAUCAUUGAGGAAGGCAGUGAGAUUUGGGGAGGUGAUCAUGGAGUAAACUUCAAAGCGAUCUGUACUGAUUUCAUUGGACUUGCUCCCGAGGGAGACAAACCUUCAGGCCGUGGUCCAACUCUCCGACAUGUUGCACGAUGGAUUGCCCAGGGCGCAGCCUUCUUUGGACAUUUCUUUGUCCGUGACGAGCAAGCCUUUAGACACCGAGCUGCCGCAGAGAUUGAAUUACUGAAAUGUUUCUUAACCAUCCCCACAGACAAAUCAAACGCUGGUCUCCUUCAGGAGAUGAAGGGCAUCAUUGAAGCUGCAAUGGAGCUGGACGAGAUGUUGAUGAGCUCCAAGGCGAUCUUUACUGUCUGUUGGCCCGAGAUCAACAGCCCGAAGCGCCAGCGGUUCAAUACAACCGAAAUGGAGGCGUUUGUACGUGGCAAAUACUUAACAUCCAAGACUGUGGUCGAAUUUGCCAUCUCGCCUCUGCUCAUCAAGAUGGGCAACGCCGAUGGCUGCAACUACGACAGCCGUAUGGUCGUUUGCAAAUCUUUGGUUGUAUGUCGUUAACUGUUGUUGACACGGAGACAAGGUUAUAUGAAGGAGGCCCUUCAUGGAAAGGAACACUUUAUCCGAGUAGGACUGGCAGUGUUUCGGGGGCAGCAAUGAACGCCACGUUUGUGAUUUUGUUAAGUUACCAAGUACUGGUGGUUUAUGUGGUUCUGUAGCUGUUGUGUCCGAGGCUAGGAUGCCAGAUUAGAUGCCAUGGGGAUACAAAAGCCAUAAAGUCAGAGUAGUUUGUUGUCAACUAUGU